GCACGCGCGCGCCCCUUCCCAGCGAGCGCCAUGACGCACGUUUUCGCCCCGACCAACCCCCGCGCGUUCCGCGUCCAGCUCAGGAGCGACGGCAGGCUUCGCGACGCCUCGAAAAAAUCCUCGUCGAAGCCGCAGACGGCGUCCAACCCGCGGUCGCGGCGCUCGUCGAUCGUUGUCGCCUUCAAGAAUCCAUUCGCGAACGACGCCGAGAAGGCCAAGAAGUCCGCCGAGUCCGUGGGCGACGGGGUGAAGAAGGCGGCCGAGGACACCGCCAAGGGCGCGAAGGGAUGGUGGGAUAAAGAGGUCGUGGGCGCGAAGAAGGCCAUGGACCGCAAGGCCGGCCAGACCCCGGGGAAGGACGUGUACGCGGACCUGCGCUGCACCCUGGAGGAAUCGGUGCUGGGCGGCAAGGUGAAGGUGUCCUAUCCGCGGCGCGUCAUCUGCCCCACGUGCGACGGCAAAGGUCGGCUCCCGCAGACGUUCAUCGACUGCGACAAGUGCGAAAACAACUGCGGGCUCGUCACGAGAGAGUGCGUCGCGACGGUGACGGUGCCGCCCGGCGUCGCGUCGGGUGCGACGCUGCGGCUCAAGGGGGAGGGCGAUCAGGGAUCGCCCGCCGACGGAGACCUCUACGUCAAGGUGGCGGCGGAGACGGUGAGCAAGGGCGGGAUCAUACGCAGGCAGGGCGCGGAUCUGUACACGGACGUCGUGGUGCGAUACCCCAAACGCGGCGAGGACACCAGCGUCAGGGUGAGGACGGUGGAAGGGGACUGGGGUACGCUGAAAGUAUCGGCGGAUGCCAAGAUUGGAUCGGCGCUUCGCAUCGGCGGCCGGGGCGCGCCGACGGCGCCGGGCGAAACGACGCGGGGCGAUCACUUCUUCGUCAUCACCAAGAUCGCUUUCGACGAGGACGUCGUCAAGGCGAGCGGCGCGGACGAGGGAUCGGAAGACGGUGCUAACUGAACUGAAUGAAGACUCUAUCUUAGGCCGGCGGUUCGAUCGCGUCGACACAGCUGGCGCACAGCUGUGCAGAAAGCUGACUAGGAUUUUUCCCGCAAAAACGAGAAGAAGGGUCCCCCGCGCGUCGACGCCUCACUUCUUCUCCUUCUCCUUCCUCUUGAUCCCGGCCGCUUUGGCGUAGUGGUCGGUCACCUGGUCGAUGUCGCAGCCGAACUGGGCGUAGCACGCCUCGAGGCGGUCCCCGUCCAGGCCGUCGCACUCCUUGAUGGCUUCCUUGAUUUCCUCGUAGUCGCAGAAUCCCUUGUACCCACCCCCGCCGGUGGUGAACUUCUCCUUGAGCUCCUCGUGGAUCUCGCCCGACUUUUUGCCGUGCACGCGGACGGAGGAACGGGUGAGGUUGGCCCGGCGGCGGACCACGCGGGGCGCGGCCAGGUUGGGGCGGAGGGUGACGGCGAGGACGGUGGCGGGCAUUUUUGUUUCGCGCG